CCAAGUCAGUUUGCGACAGAGGCCGCGGCUCCCGGCCGGGGGAGCCGAGAAGAGGGGACCCGCAGCCCAGCGCUCGGCCCUCGAGCCCGCUCUCCGCCAGCCCGGAAGCUUUCUUCCUUCUCCGCGCGUCUCGCCCGCGCCGCAGAGUCUUGGCACAGGAUCCCGGCGGGGGUGUGAGCCCGGGAGCAGCGGAGCCUCGCGCGGCCAGGACUCCCCAGCGCGAGGGCGGCAGGGGACGCCGAGCAGCUGCUCGCUAUGAGGAGGGCAGCGGGCCUCGGGCGGAGCGGCCGCGUCCCCCGGCCCUGAGCGCCCACCCGCCGCCGCCGCCGCCGCGGGGACUGCCCCGACUCCCAUGCGCUUUCGGCCAUGAGCUCUCGGUGAAUACGUGGCGUGGGCAGUCGUGGACCUGACCCUUCGGGAGGUAACGCUGGUUCAGCUUUGAGUGGCCUGCGAGAGUGAAAAAACCCUAACAUGGAGGACUUUUCCACCAGGACUUAUGGCACCAGUGGCCUGGACAACAGACCUCUGUUCGGAGAAACGUCGGCCAAGGAUCGAAUCAUCAAUUUAGUUGUUGGCAGCUUAACAUCCUUAUUGAUUCUAGUAACGCUGAUCAGUGCUUUUGUUUUCCCUCAACUACCUCCAAAACCUUUGAAUAUAUUUUUUGCUGUCUGCAUCUCUUUGAGUAGUAUUACUGCCUGCAUACUUAUCUACUGGUAUCGACAAGGAGACUUAGAACCGAAAUUUAGAAAUCUAAUUUACUAUAUCUUAUUUUCUAUCAUCAUGUUAUGUAUAUGUGCGAACCUGUACUUCCAUGACGUGGGGAGGUGAGGCUGCCAAGGAGAAAUACUUACCAGGUCUCUUCAAAGCUAUACAUUAGGACUGUUGAGUCAGAGCCGGGUAAGCUAUGCUGAAGAAUCUCCUGCACAAGUCUGAUAACAUGAUUUUCAUGUUAAUUGUAAAUCUAAAAUUCCCUCUUGCAGGGGAGACAUAGCCUAGAUUGCUUUGCUUUUUCUUUAAGGAGGUGGUGUUGCACCUAAACAUUCCAACCCUUAAAGCUCAAAGGGCACAAGCAAUUUUCACUUUUGAAAUUAGACUUUUUAUAAUGUAAGUGCAUGGCGAAAGGCUA